AUGGAAAGUCCGGAAGAAUUCGAGAAGCGACUGGAAGAAAUGCCACCAAAACCGGAGGAGUCGCCUAUCACUGAGGAGCGCGAAGAGCGCCCAAUCGUGACAGAAGUGGUCACAACUACGACGAGAUAUGAGAUGGAAAGUCCAGAAGAGUUCGAGAAACGAAUGGAAGAAGUGUCGCAGAAGCCCGUUGAGGAAUUCGAGCGACGCUAUGAGGAGGAAUCUCCGAAACGAGAAGAGUCACCAGUAACUACGAUGGAGCGUGAACAAUAUCCAGUAGUGACGGAAGUGGUCACAACUACGACGAGGUAUGAGAUGGAAAGUCCAGAAGAAUUCGAGAAGCGACUGGAAGAAGUGCCACCGAAACCGGAAGAAGAAUAUGAGAAGAGCGUGAAGAGCGCCCAGUCGUCACAGAAGUGGUCACAACUACGAGCGCGAGAUAUGGAGAUGAGAGAAGUCACAGAAGAGUUCGAGAAACGAAUGGAAGAAGUGUCGCAGAAGCCCGUUGAGGAAUUCGAGCGACGCUAUGAGGAGGAAUCUCCGAAACGAGAAGAGUCACCAGUAACUACGAUGGAGCGUGAACAAUAUCCAGUAGUGACGGAAGUGGUCACAACUACGACGAGGUAUGAGAUGGAAAGUCCAGAAGAAUUCGAGAAGCGACUGGAAGAAAUGCCACCAAAACCGGAGGAGUCGCCUAUCACUGAGGAGCGCGAAGAGCGCCAUCGCUGGACAGAAGUGCGUCAAACUACGGACGAGAUAUGA